AUGGGGAAAGGAGAGGUGUUCCGGCCGCGUAGCGUCUCUCCUCCGCAUUUCUCUCGGCUGCUCUCGGCGAGGGUUUUUCUCUGCCGUUUCCAGGUGACUGAUGCUCUUUCACAUGCUGGACUUGAGUCCUCAAAUCUAAUCGUUGGGAUUGAUUUCACCAAGAGCAACGAAUGGACAGGUAAAGUGUCCUUCCACAACCGGAGCUUGCAUGCAAUAGGGAAUACUCCAAACCCAUAUGAGCAGGCUAUAUCCAUUAUCGGGAGAACCCUCGCACGAUUUGAUGAGGACAAUCUGAUACCAUGCUUUGGAUUCGGCGAUGCUACCACUCAUGAUCAAAAAGUAUUUAGCUUCUAUCCUGAGAACCAGCCGUGUGAUGGAUUCGAACAAGCACUUGGUCGAUACAGAGAAAUUGUUCCACAGCUUCGUUUGGCUGGUCCCACUUCACUUGCACCUAUGAUUGAGACUGCUAUUGGGAUUGUUGAUAGUAGUGGUGGCCAGUACCAUGUUCUGCUCAUAAUAGCAGAUGGACAGGUUACACGCAGUGUUGACACUGGUAAUGGCCAGUUGAGCCCACAGGAAAGGGAAACUAUAGAUGCCAUUGUGAAAGCAAGUGACUACCCUUUGUCAAUUGUGCUUGUUGGAGUCGGUGAUGGGCCCUGGGAUAUGAUGAGGCAAUUUGAUGACAACAUACCUUCUCGUGCAUUUGAUAAUUUCCAGUUUGUCAACUUCACAGAGAUCAUGUCAAGGCCUAUUCCUACUAGCAAAAAGGAGGCAGAAUUUGCUCUUUCAGCACUUAUGAUCCCAGCUCAGUUCAAGGCAACAAUGAACCUCCAGCUUCUUGGCAAACGAAGAGGAUUUCCGCACCAAUCGGUGUUACCUCCACCGGUGAGUGUAUAUCGACAACCCUCUGGAUGCUCAGCAGUCAAGCAGAGUCAAUCGACUAGCACCAGCUAUGGGUCGCCACAGAAGAAUGCAUCAGCACCUCGACAGGACAGUGAUGUGGGUGAUCAGCAGACUUGUCCAAUCUGCUGGUCUGAAGCAAAGAACCUGGCUUUUGGAUGUGGGCACCAGACAUGCGCCGACUGCGGGAAAGAUCUGAAGGUUUGCCCUCUUUGCCAGAGGGCUAUCUCCACAAGGAUUAGGCUCUAUUGAAGCUCUUGAGCGAGAAGCAAACUAUAUAUACUUUGUGCGCACUUAGGAUAUCGAGAAAAGAACGUCGAUGCUGUUACAAAGGAAAGUGUAAAUAUAUACAUGGCCUUGGUAUUGAUGUAGUUCAUCGUUCAAACCUAAUGCUAGUGUUACUAGUGGUUGGUACCGAGUGCAUUUGGCUGUCAACCUAUGUGACCUUUUAUGCCCUACGCAAAACCCGAAAACGCCUUGCAUUUUCG